AAAUUAAAAAGGAGAAAGACAAAGAAAUAAAAGAAGUUACACUGCCGGAAGAAGUUACACCGUCUGUUGAAUUACCUGAAAAGAUGGAAGAAAAAGAAGUAAAGAAAACGGAAAUACUGGCGGAAGUCGCGCCGCCCAAGGAAGUGAUAGUAAAAGACAAAAAGGAAGUGCCAGUAGAAGAGAAAAAGCCAGAAAUGGUCCAGAUAGAAUUAAAAAUUCCAAUUGCUGAGAUAAAAUCGACCGAAAUACCAGUGAUAUCACUCGAUCCUGCAGAAUUAGUGGUGCAGCCGUAUCUGAUCAUAGCGAAGCUCAAGCAGAAAGAAUUAUUGCCGAAACCGCCAUGUGUGGAAUGUUAUUUGCGACCACCGAUCGAGAUGGCGAGGCCGUUCGAGAUUCCGCAAACUAAUGUCCUUCAAACUGAAAUCGUACAAGCCGAAGUCAUACAAAGCGAGGUGGUGCAAACAAAAAUCGUGCAAAACGAGAUCGUGCAAACCGAAGUCGUACAAACCGAGGCCAUCCAGACCGAAGUUAUACAAAUAACCACGCAGGCAGUUUCGACCACUGAACCGCCCCGUAUGCCGCCGAUACGAAUUAUUAGUAGUGAAUAUUUAAAACCAGCCGAGCUAAAAGCAUCGAGGACUGAAAUCGCCGGCGACCGUCCUGAAAUAACCGGCCGAAAAAUGCUCUGGCACAAACGCUUAAAGGACCAAUCGACCGUCACGACCGCCAGCACCGGAUCACAGACGGAUAAAACAAGCCACGUUAGCCACGACCGAGUUGUAAGAGAUGAAAGAGAACGUGCGAGAGUGCCCACGGAUGAACUUUUACGAUCUAUAAAGAUCGCCGCUGCCGGGCUAGCGCGACCGGACAUAGAACGUGAGAUCAGGACGAUUAAUUAUGGCGGGAAAUCCGAGGAAGUGGGCAGGGUGGCCUGUAACUGUUGCCUAUGCGGCAGAACUUCGACUCCGACUCCGCCUGCGCCGUCGACGGGACUUAGAUUAGAGGUUCAACCGCAGAUUGAUGCGAAAACUGCAACGCCCCCGGCGGUGAUUGCGUUCAAGCGUAUGUUUAUUCGCCCUAAAAUCGAUCAUCCAAUACCACAUGAUAGAUUGUGCCCCGAUUGCAAGAUUAAAAUCCAGAGCAAGAUGCCGCGCGAGAGAGAUCACCUCGAGAAGAUCAUUAAGAAGAUUUCUCGCGAUCAGGAUAGCUGCGACUGCACGUCACUGACCGGCAAAUCGUGCCGUACGGUGCCUCGAAAAAGGGUGAUCGAAAAAAGGGACCAGGCUUGCUUGGCCAAAAUACCUAAGCGAAAGACAAAUCCCGGUGAACACAAAAGGAAAAACGAUUUGCAAUCAAUUUUAGAGGACUCGGAAAAAUUGACUGUGGAGCCGUUAUCCCCGAGUUGCUUUUGCUUCAAAUUAGAGAAGACUGGCGUAGAACCAAUUAGAAAAGGAAAUUGUUAUUGCGCAGAUUAAGCACACAAUGAUAAGCUACGGAAAAAAAAUUCGCCGUUAGAGUGAGCCAGGAAAUGCUAUAAAACAUUAUGAUAGUGAUAAAGUGAUGAGGUAAAAAGUUUGAAAGAGUGGCUAACAGCGGAAUCAUGAAUAAAAUGUGAAAAAUGCUUCCGAGAAUUUAAUCAGAGUUUAUGGGAAUAGCGGACUCUCGUGUCAGAUUUCUGGUUGAGACAACGCCAGUAAAAAAAAAAGAUUAAAAAAAAGAGAUCAUACGCAGUAUGUAAUUUUCGAUAAUAUACAAUCUUUACAACGAUAUAUAUAUGCGAGCAAUUCCAUUAUACGAACAAAUGCUUCUCCCGUGCUUUUAAUUCACUCGUCGCGUGGCGUAACGAUAAAAUCAAAUACUGAAUUCGUAUUCAGUGUCAGAUGUUUUUUUGCACAUGUAUGUAUAUAUGUAUAACAGAUAUAUUUAAUGCGAUUCGACUCAAAAUAGAUGGUCGACUCGAAAAAAUAUAAGUGUUUCAUUUUAA